UAAAUAUUUGAUAGUUGUAUGUAGAACCCUUAUUGUCUACUUUUCAGGGAAAGAAGUCAUCACGGAAUAUUUUCAAGCUGGCUACACUAACCAUGAAAUAUGCUCUCUUCUUUGUCACAAUGACAAUAUUCAUAUAAGAGUGAGUUACAAGGAAGUGGUUGUUGUCUUGGCUACAGGAGCAUGACGGAACGUUUGCGUAAUGUGCACGGUUUGAGGGUUCCUAGGGACUACGUUAUGAAGCUUUUAAGGGUCAUGGACCCCGACAGGGUUGCAGUUCGAAGAUCUCGCCGCUUUACACGGCGUUUAUAUCACAACAAAGGGCCAAAUUAUCUCAUACACAUCGAUGGCUACGACAAACUGAAACCAUUUGGGUUUGCUAUCCAUGGUGCAAUAUGUGGCUAUUCGAGAAGAAUACUAUGGCUAAAAGUGGGGAGGAGCAACAACCACCCAUACACUGUCGCCCGUUUCUUCAUGGAAUAUGUUGAAAGUAUUGGAGGCGUUCCACGAUGCAUAAGAGCUGACCGAGGCAGUGAAAAUGUCUUUAUUGAGGAUCUCCAAAAAGCUAUGAGGUGGGAGCACACUGAUGACAUGGCUGCAGAAAACAGUUUUAUGUAUGGGAGUUCGCACCGAAAUCAGAGAAUAGAAAGAUGGUGGCUGUCCAUGCGACAAGGUGGAGGUGAUUUUUGGAUAAAUCUCUUCAAGGACAUGGAAUCGCAGGGUAUAGUGUCAACAGACAACACGCUUCACAUAGAAUGCCUCAGGUUCUGCUUCACUGAGCUUAUUCAGUGUGAACUGGACAAAAUUGCAACAGAGUGGAAUCAACACACAGUAAGACGCACAGCGGAAAACUCAAGCGGAAAGCCUGAUAUUCUGUAUUUUCUGCCGGCGACACAUGGAACUGUAGAUUACAAGACAGAAGUAGAUCCACCAGAUAUUCAUUCAUUGAAAAUGAUGUGCAGAGCGUCUCGUCCUUCUGGGUGUGAAGCAGACUUUGAGGGUGCGUGAAACGCUUCUUCAACACAACGGCAAGACAAAGCCCAGUGAACCACCGGAUGCCAUGGACCUAUUUGCAUGGCUCGUCACCAUGCUCGAAUGAAUGUUAAAACGUUCGCAGUUUCUGAAUAAAGCUGUUCUUGUCCA